GAAACAAAGGGAACUGCGGGGGGACGAAGGGGGGCCGAGGCCCGGGCGCAGGAAACGCACCAAUCAGCGGUUCCCCCGGGUUCACAACUGUCUGCGGCGUCCGGAAAACUCUCCGGUGCGCGGGGACUGGGGCCCGGCCCCCUCGCUCCGGCCUAGCCCCACGGCCCUCCGAGCGGCCCGGGGCGUGCUCGGGGCCCCCAGCGGCUCCAGCACCGACGGCCGAGCCCCAGGUCUCUGCCCUCGCGCGGGGCCCGAGCCGCGGCCGGAGGGAGCGGCCGGAUGGAGCGGAGGAUGAAAGGCGGAUACUUGGACCAGCAAGUGCCAUACACCUUCUGCAGCAAAUCGCCCGGAAAUGGGAGCCUGCGCGAAGCGCUGAUCGUCCCGCAGGGGAAGCUCAUGGACCCCGGCUCCCUGCAGCCCCCCGACUCCGAAGAUCUCUUCCAGGAUCUAAGUCACUUCCAGGAGACGUGGCUUUCCGAAGCUCAGGUACCAGACAGUGACGAGCAGUUCGUUCCCGAUUUCCAUUCAGAAAACUUAGCUUUCCACAGCCCCACCACCAGGAUCAAGAAGGAGCCCCAGAGUCCCCGCACAGACCCGGCCCUGUCCUGCAGCAGGAAGCCGCCACUCCCCUACCACCAUGGCGAGCAGUGCCUUUACUCCAGUGCCUAUGAUCCCUCCAGACAAAUCGCCAUCAAGUCCCCCGCCCCUGGUGCCCCUGGACAGUCACCCCUGCAGCCCUUUCCUCGGGCAGAACAACAGAGUUUCCUAAGGUCCUCUGGUACCUCCCAGCCCCACCCUGCUGACCACGGGUACCUCAGGGAGCACAGCUCCAUCUUCCAGCAGCCCUCGGACAUUUGCCACUCCUUCACGUCCUCUCAGGGAGGGGGCCGGGAGCCCCUCCCAGCCCCCUACCAACACCAGCUAUCAGAGCCCUGCCUGCCCUACCCACAGCAGAGCUUCAAGCAGGAAUACCACGACCCCCUGUAUGAGCAGGCGGGUCAGCCGGCAGUGGGCCCCGGUGGGGUCAGUGGGCACAGGUACCCAGGGGCGGGGGUGGUGAUCAAACAGGAGCAGAUGGACUUCGCCUAUGACUCAGACGUCCCUGGGUGUGCAUCAAUGUACCUUCACACAGAGGGCUUCUUUGGGCCCUCCCCAGCUGAUGGGGCCAUGGGCUAUGGCUAUGAGAAACCUCUGCGACCAUUCCCAGAUGAUGUCUGUGUCGUCCCUGAGAAAUUUGAAGGAGACGUCAAGCAGGAAGGGAUUGGCGCAUUCCGAGAGGGGCCGCCCUACCAGCGCCGGGGUGCCUUGCAGCUGUGGCAGUUUCUAGUCGCCCUGCUGGAUGACCCAACGAAUGCCCACUUCAUUGCCUGGACUGGCCGGGGGAUGGAGUUCAAACUAAUUGAGCCUGAGGAGGUCGCCAGGCUCUGGGGCAUCCAGAAGAACCGGCCGGCCAUGAAUUAUGACAAGCUGAGCCGCUCACUCCGAUAUUAUUAUGAGAAAGGCAUCAUGCAGAAGGUGGCCGGCGAGCGUUAUGUCUACAAAUUUGUGUGUGAGCCCGAGGCCCUCUUCUCUCUGGCCUUCCCGGACAAUCAACGUCCAUCUCUCAAGGCUGAGUUUGACCGGCCGGUCAGUGAGGAGGACACAGUACCCUUGUCCCACUUGGACGAGAGCCCCGCCCACCUCCCUGAGCUGACUGGCCCUGCUCAGCCCUUUGGCCCCAAGGGUGGCUACUCUUACUAGCCCCAGCAGCCACCCCUCUGCCACCGGUGGGUGCUGCCCUGUGUACAUAGAGAUGAAUUAGGUGUUGGGG